CAGAUACCUGCGGAUCUAUCACAGCUGCACAUCAAUAGUAAUACUACGGGAGCCCACAGGCUAAGCCUUCCCAAUGCCGCCAUUGCGCGCCAAGUACGAUUCUUCUCUAUGGUUGAUUCCAUCGGGGCACAAAAUGGGUGCUUAAAAGAGAUUGUGCCUUGUGGACGUGAACCCAUUAGGCGCUUGUGUGGUACGCUCCCGGGUGACUGACAGGCGGUGACAGUGGCGGCCUUGCGUGAGGAGCUUGGCUCUGCCCCCUACUGGCCGUUGGGAGACAAAGGAAACGAGCGCAGGAGCAGGAUCCAUUGAGGGGGCCAGGCCGGAGUGUGGGCCGCCAGCCUUGGCAGAAUGAGCGAGUUAAAGGAUUGCCCUCUCCAGUUCCAUGACUUCAAAUCUGUGGACCAUGUCAAGUUGUGCCCCAGAUACACCGCAGUUCUGUCCCGCUCCGAGGAUGACGGAAUCGGGAUUGAGGAGCUGGAUACCCUUCAGCUGGAGCUGGAAACCCUACUGUCCUCUGCAAGCAGGAGGCUCCGUGUUCUGGAAGCGGAGACCCAGAUUCUGACCGACUGGCAGGAUAAAAAGGGAGAUCGGCGGUUCCUAAAACUGGGCAAGGAGCAUGAGCUUGGCACACCCAUCAAACACAGCAAGCCCAAGAAACAGAAGCUGGAUGGGAAAGGGAGCCACGCGUCUGGGCCUGGUCCCGGAAGGCCAAAAUCUAGAAACAUGCAGCAAAAGAUGCAGGAAUAUGAAUUCACAGACGAUCCUGUGGAUGUGCCAAGAAUUCCUAAAAAUGACGCUCCAAACAGGUUCUGGGCCUCGGUGGAACCGUACUGUGCAGACAUUACAAACGAUGAGAUAAAGGUGUUAGAGGAUCUUCUGAAAACGCCUGAGGACGAAGCCGAUUACUAUAAGAUUCCUCCACUGGGAAAACACUAUUCACAGCGGUGGGCACAGGAGGACCUUUUGGAAGAGCAGAAAGAUGGAGCCAGGACGGCUUUAUCGGGAGACAAGAAGAAAGGCAUUCUGGGACCUCUGGCCGAACUGGAUUCCAAAGAUGUGGACUCCUUGUUAAAGAAAUCUGAGUCUCAACACGACCAGCCAGAGGACGGAUGUCCAUUUGGUCACCUGACACAGCGCCUCCUGCAGGCUUUGGUGGAGGAGAAUAUUAUUUCCCCUGUAGAAGAUUCUCCAAUUCCAGAGAUAUCCGGAAAGGAAUCUGGAACAGAUGGAGCAAGUACCUCUCCUCGCAGCCAGAACAAACCAUUCAGUGCCCCCCAUACCAAGUCACUAGAAGUCCGCAUUAAAGAAGAGCUGAUAGCCCAGGGGCUACUGGAGUCUGACGAUCGCCCAGCUGAAGAUUCGGAGGAUGAAGUCCUGGCUGAGCUGCGCAAAAGGCAAGCGGAGCUGAAAGCCCUCAGUGCCCACAACCGAGCCAAGAAACAGGAGCUGCUCAGGCUGGCAAAGGAAGAAAUGAACAGGCAGGAGCUGCGACAAAGAGUCCGCAUGGCCGACAAUGAGGUUAUGGACGCUUUCCGAAAGAUCAUGGCUGCUCGGCAGAAGAAAAGGACUCCCACAAAGAAGGAAAAGGACCAGGCCUGGAAAGCCCUUAAGGAAAGGGAGAGCAUCUUAAAGCUGCUCGAUGGUUGAUGGAGAGACCCAUUAAGGACUAAAAUGGUUUCUUGGCCAAGGAGACUGUGGGUGCGGCACCCAGUGAGGGCCCGUUAUGUACAGAUGGUUCAGGAAUGUACUGUGUAGCACCCAGCUGAGAGCUCUGUAUGUGCAGGUUGCUUGGGGCUGUGCAAGGACUAUUGUAUUGGUCAGUAUGUACAUUGGUCAGUAUGUACAUUGGUCAGUAUGUACAUUGGUCAGUAUGUACAUUGGUCAGUAUGUACAGACGGAUAUGGGACAGAGUGACGGCUGGGUGCGCAUACAUAAAUCAGGGGCUGUUUGGGUACAGCUCAGCAAGGCAGGGUAUGUACAGAUUCUAUAGGGACUGUGGGUACAGGGUUAUGUACAGGUUAAUUUGAGGCUGUGGGGGCAGCACAGGACUGUUUAUUCGGCGGCUCCGUGCCACCCUGUUAUCAUUGGAAGGACCAACCGCAUUACGGCUGCAAGAGGAGAUUUUGCUGCCCUAAGGUGUAUAUAGACAGAUUUUGUUAUUUGUAUUCUCCGUGUGAUCACGUUGCUCCCGUGACUUUUUUUUUUUAAAUAAAACUCAGUGAAUUUAUUUAUUUUA